AUGACGCUUCGAAGACUAGUCUCUGGCUUGCUGUUGAGCCUUUUUCUCCCCCAGACAGUCAGUUCUGGGAAGAACUGCGAUCAUCCUAAUGCCCGCGUGAACAUCGAGCCAUUCGAGAUCAAGGAUCGCUUUGUCAAGUAUGAAGCAGUCGUAACUUCUGACACGAAUCCGCCCUACGCUACCUCUACAAUCACCGUGCCUUUAGAAACUAUCACCACCACAAAAACUGAGAACAAGAGUAUGACUGAGUUCUUUCUUGACGCUGGAUGUGUCGUCUCGAGUGGCUCUUCCAUCUACACCUUGACAGCCUCAGCAACUGUUACUCAAGACGCCGCCACUUCGGUCUCUUUCUGGGAUCCAUUAAAGAAAUCGCUUGGAACCGGGUCGAUCCAACCUUUCGCCUCCAAACAGACUGGUACUCAUUCCGCUGUCGACCCGAACAAGUUCAGAGACUACAAUGAUCGUCCGAUAUCAAGACAUUCAUGA